AUGAAUGUCAAAUGGUGGGUCGUUGCUUUGUGUGCACUGGUAGUUGCUGGCGAGGAUGACUAUUACAAGGUACUGGGAGUGUCACGAAAGGCGACUCCGGAUCAAAUUCGGAAGGCGUACAAGAUUUUGACCAAGAAGUAUCACCCGGACGUGAAUAAAGAUCCUGACGCAACGGCCAAAUUUAGUGCGGUCGCGGAGGCUUACGGAGUUUUAUCUGAUCCGAAGCAGCGGAAGAAGUAUGACCGUUUCGGGAAGGAGAGUUUGCAGGGAGGUGAUUCUGAGGGUCCUUCGUCGAUUUUUGAUUUGUUCAAUUUCGGAGGCGGACGGCGUCGACGACCGGCGGACAAGGUUGAUGAUACGUAUUUGACAUUAUACGUAUCAUUGAGUCAGUUGUAUUCAGGGGAUCAUAUAACGGUGCGGUACACGCGUUCAGUUUUGUGUUUACGUGCAGAUGAGUGUGUAGUAGAUCGUAAUGAUUGUGUGGGGCCUGGUUCUAGUAUGACUGCACGUCAGAUAGCGCCGGGUUACUAUGUUGAGCAUCAAAGUGCAGAUCCGUUAUGUCUUGCCCGAGGUCGUGGACUCAAAUCCAACCGAUGUCGUUAUUGCCCUAAGGGAAUUAAUACGCUGCAGACCACCACAGUCCACGGCUUUAUUUCACCUGGGAUGAAAGAUGAUGAUACCAUCAAAUUUGAAGGCGCUGGUGAACAACAAAUGGACCUUGAUCCAGGUGAUUUAAUUAUAAGGCUCAAAACGGAGAGUGAAUCAGACGUCUACGUUCGCGACCAUCACAAUAACUUGUAUACACAACUCUAUAUCACACUAGCCGAAUCCCUACUAGGCUUCAAUACCACCAUCCCUCAUCUCAGUGGCCAACCCAUACAGAUCACUAAGCAAUCCAUUACACCCGAUGGUUACUCCAUCAAACUACCCGGAAAAGGUAUGCCUGACCAGCUUGGCAAGUUCGGCGACCUCUUCGUCAAAAUAAGAGUCUCCUACCCCGACAUCACUCAAUUCAAACCCGAACACAAAGAAGCCCUCAAUCGCAUACUGCCCAAGUCCCUAACCUGGAACUAUGUAGCCACACCCAAUACUAGCACCUAA